GUCAAAGCUCAGGAUCUCCUCACGCCCACCACACGACCCUCCCACCGACCGUCCCCCGCCACGCCCAUUGCCUCCCCACGCUGCACUCACUGCGGCGCGUACUUACUGCUAUCUCUUUGCGCGAAAUCGCCCUACGCGACGCGUCCUCACACUGCGCGACAACAGCUCGAGCUUGGUGGAGGCUGCCACGGAAGGCACGAUCUCGAAAACAGCAGGCGCAUUUCCCGUCGCGCCUUCUGCUUCUGAGAGAGCCAGCUGCGCGUGUUUGCGCUUGUCCCCUAGCUUUAGACGCUCUGUUUGCCCGCACGCUGCUUGCGAGACGGCCUGGACCUCCAUAGAGAGAUUGUGAACCUGCUUGACCCCAUCUUUAAGCUGCUGCACCCGUUAUCGCGUCUGCAUUGAGCCCAUUUCACCCGCGUCAGACACCAUGGCCGACGAGACGCGCCGCUCUGGCCGUGCCAACAAGGGCCAUCACAGGAAUCGAGACCUCGACGACCCGGCCACACAGAAAACGAAGGGCAAGGCCGGCAAAGGCAAGAAGGCCACAACCCCAGUCGAGACACCAACACAGUCCGUCGAGCCCGAGGAUGGAGGCGAAGACGAAGAGGCCAUCUACCGCUGCGUCUGCGGCGUCCAGCGCGAGAUUGGCGGCCGCGACAUGAUCUGCUGCGACGAGUGCGACGCGUGGCAACACAACAUCUGCCUCGGUCUGCCCACCAGCGACGCCUGGGGCGACAAGCCCUACUACUGCGAAGUGUGCCGGCCUGACCAGCACCAGGAGCUGCUGGCUGCCAUGGCGCGCGGUGAGAAGCCGUGGGCGCGCAAGAAGGGCUCCAAGAACAAGCCGCGCGCCAGCGACGUCAAGGCCGAGUCCCAGACGCCCCAGCCCAGCAGCGCUCCCAAGCAGGCUGAGCCCAAGGCCGUCGAAGCGUCUCCCUCUCCUGCGCCAGUCGUCGAGGAAAGCUCCAACGGUGACGCGCCAAAGGUACGCGAUCCGCCAGCUUCCGCCCUGGCGUGCGCUCAUGCUGAUUACCCACAGGUUGAAGAAGCACCAAAGAGCCAGCCUCAGUCUCCGGUCGGAGAGAAGCGCCGCCACGAGUCCAUCGCCGAAAAAGACACCAAGACCAAGAAGCGCCGCAAGUCGAGCCAACACCAAGAAAAGGCAGCCACCAAGAUCACCGAUGUCGCGUCUCUUCCCGAGAAGCAGAGAGGCAUUGCAGAGAAGCUGCAAGACAUCAUGGCCCCCCUGAUCACAGAGGCUUCCGAUGCUAGAGGCUUUCGGAUUCCUGAUGGUCAGACAGCAAAGUCACUUGCUACACGCUUCGUCUUGCAGAUCUGCCACGCUGCCGUCGAGCACCAUGGCGAGCCGUCCGGCCCAACAUCACCUUUCGCCGAACGCUUGCGCACCAUCAUGUUCAACAUCAAGAAAAACUCCUUCCUCAUCGACCGACUUCUGUCUGGCAGUCUGAAAGCCGAUGAGCUUACCAUCAUGGCGGCCGAGGAGAUGGCGAGCGAGGACAAGCAACGCGAGUAUGCCGCGAUGAGAGAAGCUGCAGAGAAGCAGACGGUCUUGACCGAGGAGACUGGCCCCCGGAUGCGUAAGACACACAAGGGUGACGAGCUCGUGGAUGAUGAGAACGCCAACGACAACAACACUGAAUUCCGGGCCCCGCAGCUGCGGGAGCGAGAAACCGAGGAUGAGGAACAAGGCGUGCGACCAAACUCGCCCGGUCAUGAUCGCCCACCUCAAACACCAGUCGACGCAGGACACCCGCUUUCGGUUGAUACGGACAGCGCACGACGACCCUCGACCAACUUCGACAUCAACUCUGUCUUCGACAAGGUCCGGUCACCGCAACACAACCAGCAAGCUUUCGUUCCUCGUAGGCAGAGUUCUAUGCAGGAGAAGCCGCAACAAUCAGUCGACGAUGCAGACGUCGAUCGCUUGCUCAAGGAUGAAGACAACGAUGUCGAAAUGUCCGGCUACUCGUCUGAUCCUUCCGUGUGCUGGCAAGGCUCCAUCACGAUGCAAGGAACGGAGCCGUUUGAGGCUGUCGCUCGAUUCGUUGCCGGUGGCGACUUCGGGCAGGUUGUACCCUGGGAGAAGCUGCUGACCAAGCAAGUAUCCAUUCAAGGCCGUAUAGAAAACGCCAAAGGCGAUGAGUACAUCCGUGGCAUCGCGAGGUCGGAAAGCCAUGAGGUGGCUGUUCUGGCUAUUAGCCCAGUCAACGCUGAGGGCCGGGCAGUGUUCGACCAUCUGUACGAAUACUUCCACUCCCGGCGCCGCUGGGGUGUCGUUCCCAUCGACGCGAGCAACGAGAUCAUGCGGGACCUCUACUUCAUUCCCGUGGAAGCCGGCGGCAGCAAUUUGUCUCCAUUCAUAGACAUGCUCGAACACUGCACCAUUGAGACACCUCGCAAGGACCACAUGCUGCUGCUUACCCUCAUUGCCAAACUGCCCGAGGUCAAGCCCCAGCUUCCCCUAGCAGAGCACUUUGAGCACUACUCAGGACAAGACAACACCGUGGGCCAGAUCGCUCAGCCCACAGCACCAAUGGUUGCGCCUCAGAACGGCCCAAGUCCAUCGCCGGUCCCCAACCCCCACGGCCCCCAGUACUCCCCCAUGGCCAACAACUUCCCUCCCGCGCCCUACGGUAACCCCUAUGCCGCCCCUCCCAUGACCGCCGCCCAACAACCCCAGCCCGCCGUCCCCGCCCACCACCGCAUCCCCAACGCUCUCGAGAUCCUGGGUCCCUACAUCGACUCCCCCGUCGUCAGCACCAUGCUGCCCAGCUUCUCGCAGAUCGAGGAGGUCGCGCAAGCCCAGAUGUCCAGUCUCCGCGCCAUCUUCGACAAGGUCCCCGAGGCCCGCCACAACAUGCAGGUCCUCACGCUGCACCUGCAGCAGAAAAACGAACAGCAGCCCCAGCAGCAAAACGCUUCGUAGAAGGAGCGCACGUGCGCCCUGGUCCCCGCCGCGGCGCCGCAGCCCAAGCACCCCCCGCUCGCCCGGAGGGACUCGAUGGCCGGCCCGUGGAUGGAGAUGAAGCGCUGGGAGGUGUGGCUUGCACGAGGCGUGUAGGCCGAUGGAGAGGUGUGGUUGGGUGGUGCAUGUCGUUUCCCUGCGCAAAUGUUGUUUUCGUCUUGAUACCCCACUGAGGAGCGGCGAUGGGGGGCGAGAGGUGGCGAUGCGGUGUGAUGCGGUGUGAUGCAAUGAGAUGCGAUGCGAUGCGAUGCGAUGCGAUAAGAUGCGCGGUAAAAGUGCGACGCGUCUUGGAUAUUGAAAUGUUAUUGAUUCUAUGC